GCCGGAUGUUGUAUGGUACAAUCUCUGUGACUUGACAGUGGUGUGUUUCUGCGGUGCUGGACGCGGUGGAUAGAUAUCUAUAAAGAUGGCCUCUGCAACAGCAACCUAUGGACAGAAGGAGUCUUCGGACCAGAACUUUGACUAUAUGUUUAAGAUCCUCAUCAUCGGCAACAGCAGUGUGGGCAAAACCUCCUUCUUGUUCCGUUACGCCGACGACUCCUUCACACCGGCCUUUGUCAGUACAGUGGGUAUUGACUUCAAGGUGAAGACCAUCUACAGGAAUGACAAGAGGAUCAAACUACAGAUCUGGGAUACGGCAGGUCAGGAGCGUUACCGCACCAUCACCACGGCUUACUACCGAGGAGCCAUGGGCUUCAUCCUCAUGUAUGACAUCACCAACGAGGAAUCCUUCAACGCCGUCCAGGACUGGUCAACCCAGAUUAAGACGUACUCGUGGGACAACGCCCAGGUGCUGCUGGUAGGAAACAAGUGCGACAUGGAGGAUGAGCGAGUGGUGAGUGGAGAGAGAGGCCGGCAGCUGUCUGAACACCUCGGUUUUGAGUUCUUCGAGGCUAGCGCCAAAGACAACAUCAAUGUGAAGCAGACCUUCGAGCGCCUGGUCGACAUCAUCUGCGAAAAGAUGUCAGAGAGCCUGGAUGCUGGAGAUCCCGCCGUCACGGGGGCCAAACAGGGGCCCCAGCUGACAGAGCAGCCUGCUCCACCUCACCAGGACUGUGCAUGUUAAAGCUGACUACUCCCUCCAAAACCCCUCUCCUUCCUUCCCCUCCCUCCUACCUCCUCCUCCUCCAGUGGGACCCCAGGGCCUCAGGUCCGUAGUCCAUCACCCUUUUCACUCACUUUCCUGCUUCUUUCUGUAACCUAGUAAGGAUCAUUGGCUUAAGGUCACAAGGACCAGGUUGAAAAGUGUCUGAAAUGCUCUGAGAUGUUAGUGGACCAAUGCUUCAGGUGUGCUUGUUUGUGGUUACUCCCCAUAAAGGAGCUAUAUAAGGUGUCAGCUUUUUGAUCAGUGCUGGUGUUGGUCUGAUGCCAAAGCAAGUUCAGUCAAACCAGAGUGUUUCAGACCCUUUGCAGCGCAGGUUCUUGAAUGUUCCCGACCCCAUGUUUUCCAUUGUUUCCCCCGUUCCUCAGUGUGGUUUUACAAGAAGGAUUUGACGGCGUCCGUCCUCAGAGUGCCAUUUAAAUCCUUCCGAUGUUUACAGUACUUUGUUUCAUGUCAGUCUUGAAAAGAUGUCAGCCUUGGAUUUGGUGACCAAGAAGUCAACAGUGGCGUUACAUUAUGUGUUGUCCUGCAAACAGGGAGGGAUGAUCCAGCUGAAAUCUGUUCCUUAUUGAUGUGUUAAGUUUCUUAUAUGGUCCAGGACACAUACAGAUUCCAUAAAUCCAUGAAUCUGUGUUUCAUUUGUUGUCUCACCUGGUAUCUAAAUAUUGAUAUUGCAGGCAUUAGCAAGUGUUUUGUUUCUCGUUAUUCAUCAGCCUUUUUGUUUUGCCUUUUUUUUUUUUACAUUUCUUUAGCAGCAUUUCUUCUUUUUUUAUAUUCUGAUACCCCUUUUAUUCUUUUCAUACAUUAAACACUGGGUGGGGACAAUAUGAACAAUAUAUAGCUAGGUUAAAAAAAAUAGCAAAAAAUGAAGAGACAUGUUUUAUUUAAUUAUAUUUAUUUCAGAUGUAUAUAUAAAUGUUGUGCAAUAUAUAUAUAUAUAUAUAAUAUCUACAGGUAUGCAUUUCUGGAAAUGAACUUUAAAAGGUAUGAAAUUCUAUGAGGAUAGUAUCAAAUAUAUGAGGUCUGUGUUGUAGGGUUUGUUUGGAUGAUGUGUGGAAUUGUUUGAGCCUGUGGCAACUCCUCACCUCAUUUCCCCGUUGGUUUGGUCUCACGCUGCUUUACAGAGAGGUUGCAAAGUCAGAAAUUCAUAUGUCCUGCUAAGAAAAAUGCAGCGGAAUGGCCCUUUGAGUCUGAAUCACAAGUUUAUCAUCCUCCAAAUCCACGCAGCUAAUAAAGUUUAACAUUAUAAAUGAUUAGAAGAAGGCACUUGCUG